AUGUCAGCUCCACCGCUCUCAAACUGCUCGUUUUGUCAUGGGAACGACACUCAGAGUUCUCCAUGUAACACUGUCGGUGAUGGCCUCCAUAUCGCCUUCUGCUUGCUGGUCAUGUUGCUUGGUAUCCCUGGUAACUGCCUCAUCCUCCGUGUGUAUUGGAGCAAGCCUCGUAAGACCAGCACCAAUAUCCUGAUCAUGGCAUUAGCCUGGGCGGAUCUUUUCUCUUGUGUGCUUCUCGUUCAUGCAAUCAUCACGAACUGUGUGUUCGGAAUUGGAGAGGCCCCGGCACCACUAGCUAUCCUCAGAUAUUUCCUAAUGUGUGCCGUUACUGUAUCUGUCAAUGUGACUUCUCUGAUUGCUUUUGAUCGCUAUGACUGCGUGUGCAGGUCCAAUAGUCGCCUUUUCACCACUCGACGGGCCAUAAUCGUGGUUGUAGUCGUGAUCAUUUACACCCUGACCGGCUUGUGUAUGUAUUUUGCCGUACUCAUCCGUCCUGGGCUCAAUAUAAUCCCAUCAAUCAUGUUGUUAUUGCAGAUUAUUGGUUACCUCAUCGCAGCCGUCAUGAUAGUCGUCUGUUACGGAAAGGUGUACCAAACCAUCCGGCAUCAUGUCAAGGUUGGAGUCGGAGCGACACGAGAGGAGCCUACCGGACAGGGCAUUCGUUUGACGCAAACGAAGAUGUCAUCAGUGAUUCCAAAAUCUUGUGGAGCAACUGGCGCGUCAGGGACAUCACCCGGAUCGUCAAAACCUGACGCCGUUGAACGGCAACCAUACAGGGAUAUGUCAACACACGCCACCGCACCAGGCCCCUCAUCCAGCCCAUACAAUGGCGUGCGCAUGGAAGGUUCAAACGGCGGAUGGUCUGAGCCAAUCAAAACAAUCGCCCGGCCAAUGUCUAACCCUAUGGCGCCCUCCAGAUGCGAGAACGCCAAGCGCGGGCAUCAAAACCCCAACAUGCCGUUGUCGAUCCUGCAGCGUAAAACCACCCGCAUGUUACUGGUGACCAGUGUGGUGUUUCUGCUGUCAUGGGUGCCAUAUUGGAUCUACGUGGCAUCGUUACUUGCUUCCCUGCUAGGAAAUCAGCUUUCCCCUCUUGGAGCGUUUGUGGUGGAGAAGUGCGCCUACUUGGUAUACGUGAACAAUGCUGUCAAUCCGCUUAUCUACGGACUUGCUAACAGGAGGUUCCGAAAAGACAGCACAGAGGUUCUCCAGCAACUCAGAUUAUGUUGA